GGGUAAUGUGUACUAAGUAAUCGUGUACAAACACUAAAAUAUUGACGAGAAGAAAUGGAUACUCUGGGUUGGUGUAGAGAUAAGCGUGUCAUGGCUAUGGUACUGGCGGUAACAUUCUUUCCCUCUGCAAUUAUGAUAUACGUUACCAUGGAGACGGACAUCCUAGCAGCCUUUCCAGGGAUGGUUUCAGCCCUUGGAUUAUCAUACAAAGAUUUCAAAAAUGUGUCGAUUCUACAGAACAUCAUACUAAAGCCACGGCAAGUUCACAUGCAUUUUUAUAAUCCUCCUGAAUGGUUCAACAAAAACAACGUGUUCAGGGGUUGUCCUAGUAACUGUUCAAUGUCUACUGGAGCUAAACAUUUCCUUAAUAAAGACGUUGUGAUAUUUUUCGGCCCACGUCUUAGUUCAAAUCCGGUGCCGAAGAAGAGAGGGCAGAUAUGGGUCCUCCAUGGUAAAGAGGCACCGCCAAACCAUGCUCCAAUGAGAAAAUGGAAAGGACUUUUUAACUGGACAAUGACCUACCGCAGGGAUUCGGAUUUCCCGCAUCUGUACGGAGAACUUAGGAAUGUUCCUAAUCCGUCUGCGUUGCUCCCGAACACAACUUUGAAGUUUUUCACCGUACGUAAUUCCACAAACGUUCCAAAGCCGACGAGGAACGCCCGUUCUACGGCUUGGUUUGUCUCCCAUUGCAAAACACAGAGCAAACGUCAAGAGUAUGUAAAAACACUCCAGACCACACAAUCCGUGGAUAUAUUUGGAGCUUGUGGUACGAACAGGUGCGCUAGGGGCAGGGACCACGCAUGCCUUAAGCCUUACAAGUUUUACCUGUCAUUCGAGAAUUCUUUAUGUAGAGACUAUAUCACAGAAAAGGUUUUUAAGAUUUACAGCAACGAACAUGACAUUAUACCUAUAACCCGUGGCAUUGGCGAUUUAUACUCCUUAUAUCUGCCACCGGCAUCAUUUAUAAAUUCCGUAGAUUUCAACGGCAUUGACCAAUUAGGACGGUUUCUGAAUUACGUUCGUAAAAAUGAAACUUUAUAUUCGGAGUAUUUUAAAUGGAGAACGAAUUAUCAAGCGCGUUUUGAUGCCUAUUCUUCGUUCUGUGAACUUUGUAAGCGAAUGCACAAACCGGAUGUUUAUACGCGUUACCGAAGGAUUUACACAGAUGUCCAUCAAUGGUGGUUUGGAUCAAGUGAUGUCAAAAUCUGUACAAACCCAGCUGAUCUUCGCAGGUGAUUUCUUCAUAUCUUAAGAGUUUUAAUGUGACAAUGACAAUUGUUUAUUCUCAUAAACAGUACGGUACAGAGAAUAUGAACAUUAACAAAUGGAUAACAAUGAUACAUGGUAAAACAGGAAGGACAUCAGUAUUGUGAAUUAAUUAUUUCAUUUAUUUUAACAAUAAAUUUAGUCAAUGAAGUGUGAGGAAGUGGGAGUACCCGGGGAAAACCCACGUGGUUGGCCAGGUGACCAUUUUUGUCACACCCGAUUAGGAAAUAGAACCCCAGUAGCCUUGGUGAAGGUCAAGGUGAUGUCUUUUACGUCACACAACCGCCUGAACACCUUAAACUGUGCUGCUAUAUAUUUUGAAGGGAGAAGCCAAACACAGAUUGAAAUUGCAUAAUUAGUCAAAUUCAAGGACUAGGCGUUUUAUGUUCAGACACCAUACCGUAAUGUGGACACUGGAACUACUGUCAAAGGAUUGCACAAUAGCCACGCCAGUAAAUGGAGUAUUUAGUAGCAAUAGACACAGCAAAUGUCGGAUAACGAAUAAAAUAAAGUUUAAAUGUACAUAUAAGUGCAAAUACACCUAUUACUGUAAUACGUGAGGCCUAAAUCAAAUAAAACAAUUG